GAAAAUUAAAUUACUUUAGAUGUGCAAUUGUGUACUAAUAAUUAUGUUUGUGUUUAAAUUAUGACCUAAUACGGCAAAUGCUAUAAAAUACAUAUGCACUUAACAAACUUUCCGAGCACACCAAAUCUAAAGACUUAGGCGACAAACUCGUAAUUACCGAGGGACGUUGCGAUGUACAUAUGUUUAAAGACGUGGCAGUGUCACCAGUGCAACAAUACAUGUCUUGUAUCCACUUUGAAUGAUAUGCCGUUUCUUUUGUGCUGAAAGCAAAACCCGAACCCAUUCUUUGUUCAACAUAAUAUUGAAUAAUCUUAAAAAUGGUCUACCCCGAAGAACCUUUUUGGGUUUUACCAACCGUAACUGGAUUUUACGAAGAUAGAGAUUAUAGAGUAAAUGUCGUUGAAGCCCUUCAAGAGUUCUGGCAAAUGAAGCAGUCCCGUGGAGCUGAAUUAAAAAAUGGAGCUCUUGUGAUUUACGAAUCGAUUCCAUCUAACAGCCAGCCAUACAUAUGUUUCGUAACACUUCCUGGAGGAAGCUGCUUUGGAAGUUUUCAAAACUGUCCAACCAAGGCAGAGGCUCGUCGCAGUUCGGCCAAGAUUGCCCUAAUGAAUUCCGUCUUUAAUGAGCAUCCUUCGCGUCGAAUUAGCGAUGAGUUCAUCCAAAAAGCUGUUCAGGAUGCUCGAACUUCCUUCAAGGGCACAUCGCAAAUCAACGAGGGCACAGAGUCGGGCAUCGGAGCAUUCAGAUUUAUGCUGGAGGCGAACAAGGGAAGAACCAUGUUGGAGUUCCAAGAGCUCAUGACCGUCUUUCAACUGCUCCACUGGAAUGGAUCGCUGAAGGCAAUGCGCGAACGCCACUGCUCCAGACAGGAAGUGGUGGCGCACUAUUCUAACCGGAGCCUGGACGACGAGAUGCGGUCGCAGAUGGCAUUGGAUUGGAUUGCCAGGGAGCACGACAAUCCCGGCGUUAUUCGCAGGGAGCUAGUGCUUGCCGAGAGGGAGCUGGAGACCUUUCGCAUGGCUGGACGUGAAUUGCGCUUUCCGAAAGAGAAGAAGGAUAUACUUAUGAUAGCCCAUAAUCAGCUGGGCGGCAGUGCCCUUAAUUCGGCUUCCAUUGACGAUUAAUCAAACAAAAAAUAUUAAUAAGCAUUGUGCGCGAUCGAAAUUAACCCUUUUCUAGACAAAUCGUAUAAUUUCACCUUUAACGACGAUCAAUAUUUAUUUAAUUGGCAUACCAUAUGAUCUCCAUGAUGAAAAACAAGAGGAAAUUAUUACACUUCCCACAAACACUUCCAAAUUAUGAAAAUUAAUUUAAAAAUCUUAAAAAUGUGAUUUUUAAAACAGCUACAAAAAUAAGACUAAAUCCAAUAAAAUAAAUAUAAUAUUUUA